UCGUGGUCCGUUAGCUUCAGAGCUAGCGGGAGCAGUGGAGGAAGAGAAGGGAGUAAAGGAAGAGAAGGGAGCCAGGCGUCCUGCGCACUUCACACUGAUAUCGGUGACUUCAGAUACCCCGCAGCUAAUCCCUGAGCGGAACCAUUAUCCCUCCAUGCUGUCCAAGAAAGGGAGAUAACGUUAAUAGCCCGUCACUGCCACCUCAAUUAGCUCCGUCCGGGACGGAUAACACACACACAGACAGCGGGGGCUGUUUGGGUUUUUUUUUUCCUCCUAUAGGUUCUCCUUCGACCGGAGUCAGUUUUUCUUGAGUCAUAUCCCCGGGUUUAGCAGCAGCUCGAGUCCCAGCCAGGAUGAGGCUGCAGGCUCGCAGCAGGCACCGUGCUGCUGGAGCAGAGGGGAAGAAGAUGGACCAAGCUCCCCCCUUCAGAAACCCCUUUGUGCACGUCUGGAAAUUCACCCCCCUGGAAAAGGCAAAGAUUGCUUUGAUGACAGUAACACUAUUCCCCAUCCGUCUGCUCAUGGCUGCAUUCAUGAUGCUCCUGGCUUGGCCUUUUGCCUUCCUCGCCACUGUAGGGCGCUCAGAAACUACCGUCGAACCCCAGUGCCUCUGGAGAAGACUGGUGGACAUCAUUUUAAGAGUCAUCAUGCGGGCCAUGUGGUUUGCGGGAGGUUUCCAUUGGAUGACAGUGAAAGGGCAAAGGGCAUUGCCUGCAGAAGCCCCGAUCCUCACCCUGGCACCCCACUCUUCCUACUUUGAUGCUAUCCCCGUCACAAUGACCAUGUCCUCCAUCGUCAUGAAGGCUGAAAGCAAGGAUAUACCUCUCUGGGGCACUUUAAUCAGGUACAUUAGGCCAGUGUUUGUGUCCCGAUCAGACCAGAACUCCAGAAAGAAGACAGUGGAGGAGAUCAAGCGCAGAGCCCACUCCGGAGGAGAAUGGCCUCAGAUCAUGAUUUUUCCAGAGGGUACGUGCACCAAUAGAUCCUGCCUCAUCACCUUUAAGCCAGGGGCCUUCAUCCCAGCUGUUCCAGUGCAGCCUGUCGUCAUCCGUUACCCCAAUAAGCUGGACUCCAUCACAUGGACGUGGCAAGGCCCAGGAGCAUUUGAAAUCUUGUGGCUGACUCUCUGCCAGUUGCACAAUGAAUUUGUGAUUGAGUUCCUUCCCAUUUACACGCCCUCGGAAGAGGAAAAGAAGAACCCUGCUCUCUUUGCCAUCAAUGUGAGACGAAUUAUGGCAAAAGCUCUGGGAGUUCCCAUCACAGAUUAUUCGUUUGAAGACUGCCAGCUGGCCAUGGCAGAGGGCCAGCUGAGACUGCCAGUCGACACCUGUCUGCUGGAGUUUGCCAAGCUUGUCCGGAGACUGGGGCUGAAACCCCAAAACAGUGAGAAUGUUCUGAAGGAAUACGGAAACAGAGCCAGGAAACUGGAGGGACAGAAGCUCAGCUUGGAGGACUUUGCCCACUUCCUCAAUGUGCCAGUUUCAGAUAUGUUGAGAGAUAUGUUUGCUCUUUUUGAUGAGCAUGAAGAUAACAGCAUGGAUAUUAGAGAAUGUGUGAUAGCCUUAUCUGUUGUAUGCAGACCUGCCAAAACUCUGGAGACGAUGAAAUUGGCCUUCAAGAUGUUUGAAGCAGAGGAAGAUGGUGCCAUCACCGAGAGGGAGAUGGCAGUUAUACUGAAGACAGCUUUAGGAGUCACUCACCUCAAUGUCUCGAGUCUCUUUGCUGCAAUCGAUGCCGAUGACACAGGAAAGGUGACAUUUGAGAAGUUCAGAGCCUUUUUGGAGGAGAACCCAGACUUUGCUGAGGACUAUUUAUACACAGAAAAUGCAGACCUUCAGAGCGGACACUGCCACGGUCACCAAACACAGCCCAGCUGUGGCACUGCCAACAGCAAAACAGUCAACGGUAUCUGUCCCGACUUCAGCCCCAAAGACCACGACGGGACAAUCGAUGCACUCCUCAAGAAAGAGAACUAAAAGAGGGUUUAAAAUGUAGUGAGAGCAAAAAGACACCUCUCCUGGUGAGAGGGGGUUGUGUGAGUUGCAGAGGUCAGUCAGCUGUUCGGAACGUAAAACGAUACAUUUCAUUAACCACAACUACAAUAAUUAAAAUGUUUACUCCCCUUUUCUGACAUUAUUUCCAGCCUUUCCAGUUUUUUGUUGCUUUUUUUUUCUCUUUUCUCUUCUUUUUUUUUAUAUGAGAAAAGCCUGUCAAAAUGCCCAACAAUGGCUCUUUUGGUUAAUUUGUUUCAAAUACUUUAAGGGCAAGCACUUAUUACAAUUGUUGGGGCAACUUUUUUUUUUUUUUUAAACUGUAAAAUAGUACUGCUUGCACAUGGGUUAAAGACAAGGGAAGCAAGACAAGAACAAGUCCUGGGUUAUGAAGUGAACAACAUUUUGGUGAUAUCAGUGUUUGAUACUCAUUUAUUUGUAACUUUUAUCCAUUUCUUCUGAUUAGUAGCUGCCUUUUGAAUUGGAAGUGCAGAAUGACUGGGCUCGUAUUAUUUGGAGCAGAAAGUCGGGGUGUUUUACGUUGGGAAGGAAGACCUGAGGGCACCGGUGACGAUUGUUUGACGACUUUGAUGCGUGAAGCUUCAGGGGCCACAUUUGAGGUCAAAUCGGGUCUUUGUAAGUUGACGGUCAAAACUGCUUUGAGCCUGUUGUGCGUGCGUGCGUGUGCGCUUGUGUAUUUGUGUACAGUGAUAUUUGAUUUAGCUCAGGGUUAAAUGACAAAAAUGAAAAUGAACUCCAAUGAUGUCAUAUUUUCAACACUGAGUAGGUUAUGUGCAUGUCAACUCUUUGUAUGACAUCAGUUGACUCCUGUGUGAUCAUUUUUUUUCAUUUCUCACUUUAAUACACUUUCAGUUGUUAGUUUUUGUAUAUUUUUUUUUCUUCUAAACACAGCAUGGACCAAAAAAGCAUUGGGUCUUGAUUUGUCACCUGCUACCCGUGUAUUGUCCUUUAUAAGUCAGUAAUGAAAUGUCUCCAAGGGAACCAAUCACACCUGAUAACCACUGAAAGCACAUUAAUUUCCGUUAUCGGGUAAUUCCCUUUCAUCGUUACACUCUUAAAAAAACCUUGAAAUCAUUCCUACCCUGUACAAAGUAGAAUGUUGCUUCUUAGUUUCUGCCAUUUUGAUUAUUCCACAAAAUCUUAAUGGACUCACUCGGCCUCUUAGUCGCCAGUAUAAUUAUCCCUUUCAUAUAUAUUUUUGGGGAUUUUAUUUAAAGUACCUGCACAGAUUAAAUUGUGUGGUUUUCAUCAGUGAGACACUUUUCAAACACAUUUGCAUCUCAUUGCGCAACUUAGGUGCAACCUGAAGUCUAUCUUUAAUCAGAGCUGGGUUAGAUCUGCUUUCAGUUUGAACUAAAAUGAAGGUUUAUCUCAAAUCACACAGACAGUAGAGAAGAUUGUGAGUCUUAUUGAUACCUAGUAACAUCUUGUCUACAAUUGCAGCCAGUGGACACUGCCCUUUGUCCCUCUGUUGAAUUAGAUCUAGUAACUUCUUGAACUUUAGUGCUUUACAUAAUGUCAUUUUAUGAACUAAAUAAUUGUUAAAGGGAAAAGUUUUCCUGAAUGGAAGAAGUGUACAUUACCAUGUGAUUCUGUAUGAUUUGUAACUCUGUAAAUUCAUCACAUUCCCAUCUCAUGUGACCAUACAUCCUGUGUAUGCAUCCUCAUUCUGGCUUUCAGUGAAGCAAUAUUUCUCAUCUUUUAAGCCUUCUCGAGAUGAAUGCUUUGAAAGAGUUCUAAUAUGUAUUUUGAAUAUUCCAAAUGCAGGACAUUUUGUGAAUUUUUGAUAUACGUAUAUGAAUGAUUUUUAUUUUCACUGCCAUGACAAAGAUCUGUGAUCUUCUCUGCUCUGCAGAUUGUAUUGAUAGUGACAAAUGAGCCACAUUUUCCUCCCUUUUUGUAUAAUCCUACAGUUGUUUUGUGCUGUUUUCCUCCUACACAGUAUAAAUUUAUUGUUUAUAUGAUUACUGUUAUUGCUGAGUUGACUGCUUAGAAACAAAAUGCAGAUUUCAUAUGGAAACCAAUAGCCUUGAUAGCCUCUAUAGAAUUUUUAUGCUACAAAAAAAGAGAAUGUACAGACAAUCUUGUCACAAUCAGAAGCUCCCCAAAGCUCUGAUCUCCAGUUGACAUUUUCCUAAGAAAUCCUAGUUUUCAAAUAUUUUACCUUUGAUCUUCAAACCAUAUGUUUCCCGUUUCAGUUUAAAGCGUGCAGGUUGAACUAAGUAAAGUGCGAGUGUGCAAGUGUGUGGAACCUCGAGGUGAUGUACCACCACAUGACGGGAUCCAUCACACGCACACACUCCAGACAGCGCGCACAUAUAAACUUUUUACACAUAUGACAAUCUAUUUUAGUAUUGUCCUUUUUAUUGCUUUUUUCUUUGAAACGGCAUGUAUUUGUAUUUGCACUUUAGAUCUUUCUUUUUUUUUUUUUAUCCACUCUAGCAAUACCACUUCUGCCCACUUGGGGGCAAUGUAUCACAAGGAAGUUGAUGUGUCAGUCACUGUGGCAGCAAAGUGCUCCUCUAGUGGGACAGAGUGGUAUCAAGGUGUGCCGACCUUCCAGUCUGCAGAUCUGUCUGUCCCCGCGUGGUCACAAGUGGUACUACAUUGGGUGGCUUUAAGAAAUGUCAUAUUUCUUCAAAGUAUUUUAGGUUUGUAGAUUACAGUAUUGUAACAAUCACUUCAUUACUAUGAAUAGGAUUUGCAUUAAAUAUGGGAACAUGGAGAAAAUUAACAGCCAGGAAAGUAAAAUAUCCCCUGCCCCACAUUUUUUUUUUUUUGUUAUUUCUUUGGUUUCACUUUUAAAAAGUGAGAAUCUUUUUCAGCCAACUUUUCUGCUUUGUCUCAGGAUUGUGGAAAUUUAGUAGCUUGAAAAGGUGCAUUCAAAAAUGUGUAGGACUUGGAAGUAAUGUAAAGGUUUGACUUGAACAUGUUUGCACUGUGACAUAGUUAAGUGUUAAACAUACUCCUUAGUAAUGUGACUUUAUGACACAAGGCAAAUAUUACAGUUUACUCAUGAGGGCAAACGUACUGCUUUGUACAUAGAUGGGAAAACUGAUAAAUCAUGAAAUUGUAUAAAAGGAAUCGAUCCUCCAGGACAUGGCCCAGAAUGAAACACAGUCCUCUAUCGCAGAUGUUUCAAACAGAAAAUGCCGCCAUGAUACAUCAGCAAGACAAAUCUGUACUGUUUUCAGUAUGUAAAUUUCAGAAGAUUAAUGUACUGGCUGAAUGAAUAUACAUUUUUGUUAAAUUUUUCACUCAUUCUUAUUUCAAAUGCUUCAAUAGAGGUGGUUGGUUUUUUGAUAAUGUUUUGGUUUUGUUUUUUUUUUCUAUUUUAUUUAUAUCCGUCUGAGAAAAAUGUAAACCUGCAAGCAAAACUUGUAUUUAUGCUGUUGCUGCCUGCUUAUCACAAUUUGUCCAGCACUGAGCCUAAGACGAAAGACUUGUGUACUCUGACGGAGCGAUAUUGUCUUUCUGAUGGCUUAUUGUACGCAAACCAAGAAAUUAUAUUACUUUUUUGUAGCAUAAUUUCCUGUCUUUUCUAUAUUGAACAGGUUUUAUUUUAUUAAUGCAUUUUAAUGAUGAAGAGUCAUCACUGCAAGCUACUCUUCAGGACUUACGAUGUACAGUAACUUGUUAAUGUGACUCCUGGAUGGAAUUAAACAAGAAAAGUUGAAACACA